AUACCGAGCAAAAUUUGUAUAGUUUUUAUUUCCUUAACAAAAAUUUCAACACUGGCAACAUACAAGCCUCAAAAAGUAUUAAAAACGACGACGUCGUUUGCGUCUCAGACGCUACGGCUGCCACUGCUGCUCAUCGUAUUGUUUCCCGUGCAGCCGGCAGCAAUAACGUCGUCGUCGUCUCAGCCGCUAAUCAUACGGCCAACGAAAGCAACAACAUCAGCAUCAACACCACAGCUACAGCCACUACCACUUAUAAUAUUGCCACCACCACUACCAGCAACAACAACAACAGCAACAACGCCAGCAUCAUUUCCACUUCGGCAGCCAUACAUAGCCAACAGGAACAGCAACAAACUAAAAACGACGACGACAUUGUCAGCAAUAUUAAUAUUACAGCUUCUGGCUCUCAGAACAUUUCCACCAUUUUACUCACCUCGAAUUCGAACUCGAAUUCCAACGCUGUUGUCAUAUCUACCACACUACCCAACUCGGAGUCUUGUACAUCUACAACACCUUUGUGUGGUGGCCUCACCACUUCGAAAACUACUUCAACCAUUUCAUCGUCAAUUGAUACGACUGUUACAUCUCCCAGCCUGCAGCAGAAAACUGUUAUCAACACCACCCCCUCUACAGACGCUGUUAGCAACGUUGUGAGCUCUCCUCCACCACUAUCAACAUUAGCAUCAACAUCCUCAUCUUCAGCAGCUAAAAUACAAUCAACUCCCCCAACACACACCUCCUCCAAAUCCUCUACACCCCUGGCGAAACAAAAACAAUCCCAACCCCUCCAACUACCCACUUCACCCUUAACAUCUCAACCCUAUCAACAUACAACUGCAGCAACAACAUCGUCAACAACAACAGCUGCUGUUGUUGUUAUCGGUUGCUCAACGUGUGAGGCUUUAAAACGAAAACAACAGCAACAAUAUUUGGGUAAAACAACACCCACUACAACGAGUUGUUCUCAGACGACGUUUGCUUACACGACUGCUUGCAGAGGUUGUGCUGCUGUUGCAGCUGCAUCAGCCACAUCGCAAAUAGUAACAACAAAUCAAGCAGCAGCUUCGGCUGCUGCCACUGCUGUUAAUAGUGCUGCUGCUGAUACUGCUGCCGCUGCUAGUGCUGGUGCUGGUGCCUAUAAUAAUCGCCCUGUGUGCACGGACAAUAAUAUGAGGAGUGGCAGUUCGGAAUUACUACUCGAGCAGCAACAACAAGAGUUACGGUUACGUAAAUUACGAGAACUGGCUCCAAAAAAGAAAAAUGGAAAUCGGCGCUAUCGUUCGUGGCGCGAACGUGCCAGUUUUUAUGGUACCUCCACUCUUGCCUUCUUUUCGGUGACCGCCGGUGCGUCUCUAUUGUUCCUCGUUCCCCUCUACGUCGAUCCGGCGAUAUCAACUUUAAGUCACGAUUUUAUCGAUUCCCCAACACUGUGCACGACCACACGACGCGAAGAUCUUGUCGGCAUUUUUAAUUGUUCGUGGAGUUCAUGUCGCGAGGGCUGCACCUCCGAUCUAUACAAGUGUGUUCAUAUCUAUGUGACGUUUAUCGAAGAGAAUAUAACGAUACCCGAAAACAUGACCGACUACACGAACUACACGGCCGAUUGGACGCAAUCGGAGGAAGCCACACUUCUAGUGAAUAUCAAAGGGUGUGGCUAUCCGCCCACGGUGACGUGUAAAACAUUUAAUGCUUUCUACGGUGUCGAGGGCGCCAUCUAUCCGUGCUAUUAUUCGCGUAAAAAUAAAACGGUCGUACUGACGUCCUACAAUCACGACGAUCAGGUCAACUAUAUAAUACAUUUUUUUGCAGUGCCAUUUGUGAUAACAUUGAUCUCAUCGAUAGCUUUGUGUAUUUGGCACUGUGACUGCCGUUGUAAAAAGGAUCGAAGCCAUCGACGCAAUCGGCCACAGUGUCGAAGGCCACGCAUAGAAAAUUUAAGGUGA